UUUGCGCGCGCUUCCACCGUCGCAGUUUUCCCAAAAUUUCACCGUUCGGUCCGCUCAUGUCCGGUCGUCGUCGCAGUCCCGUUAUCUGACCUCAAGAGGAUGCAGUUUCGUCCCCUGCUAGGAAGUGAUACAACAUUUGGGUUAUCGUGAGUAGAAUUUGCUGAGUUCGGUUUCCUGAUCAAUUUUCGUUGGAAGCAAUGGAAGACCCUGCGUUCCGAGCCAAGUAUCAAAAGUACAAGUGCAUCGUUAAAAAGUGGGAGAAGAAAUUUCGCACGGAGAAUGGCAGAAUUCCGUCAAAGUACGACAUUCGGGACUCCAAAGUUGAUGUGCGGAAUGCGUACAAAAUGUACUACAAGCUGAAAACUUCGCUCCUGGAGAACACCCUGCAGGAUGCGCUAAUCGAUGAUGACGAUUUUGAUAGCUCAUUGAUCUCGCAGAUGGAAGGAAGUUUGUCCCAGGACUGUUCAAUCGGUGGCUUCUCCAAUUUGAGCGAUCUUUCUUCGGCCAAUGUCUCCAUCGGUGCCCUCCUGACGGAUCAGAUCGAUGGCAGAGUAACCGAAUUUGAAGCGGUACAGGAGUCAGAACAGAAUGCCAAUGCAUGGAAUCUCCCACGACGAAAGAUGACUGAGGUAGGUAAGAAACCUAAGGAAAAAGCAGAUGUUAAACCGAAGGCGAAGGUUCCUUCUAAGUUGAUGGAGUCGUCGGUGAUGAUCCCCAAACGUAAUCCACGUAAAUCGUUGUCCAGUGCAAAAAUAUCCCAAACGGAGACCGUUUCAAGUUCUUCGUCAUUGACCAGUUGGAAAGAUUCUUUGCCUGAUUUGGAAACUCUGCUGUAUGAGAAGUCUAAGCAAUGCGUUGAAAUUUCGCCAUCCCAAUUGGGUGCUUCCAAAAAAGAUAUUUCAACGGAGUCCAAGGAACUGGUGAACGAGCUUGACGAAAAGUGGCUAAAUCGGCAGGGCAUGGAUGAAGGAGGUCUUACUCCUGUGCGCAGUGGAGAUACUCAGACAAGAAAGUUUGGUCUGAAAAACAUCAGCGGACUUUCCUUCUCGGACUCGACAACUCUGGUUGCGGUGGAAUCUUCCAGCAGCUUCGGAAUAUCGUCGCUAAGCAUGAAUUCCUUUGCGAGUGAAGUAACCGGAUCGGAACUGGAAUCAAGUUCGACGCAGCAGAUGAUUGUGGCUAAAAAUACGGCGUACGAUCGAGCGGUUCAAUCCGAUUCCGAUGGAGUGGUGGAAAACAGCGAGGACGAGGCGGUCAGUGCCAACAGCUCGUUCAAUUCCGGGGCCAUUCGGCAUGUGGCCAAAAAGCGAAAAGUUUUCACCACCGUUAAUCUGAAGGCGGAUCCGAAAAUUAAACAAGUGGCGGUGGUGGCCGAAGAAGUGGAAAAGCAUGUUCAGACAGAGGUUUCUCAAGUGGUAGUGGGUGGGGGAUUGGAAAAUGAAGAUCCAGAAAUUGGGAAAGACAAAACUAAUGAAGUUGAAGAACCGAAGGCAAAACGUGGGCGAAAGAAGUCUACUGUGAAGGUUCCGGUUAAGGUCACGGCCAAGAAGGUUGUUCCAGCGAAGAAGAUUCCUGUCCGUCGCAGUACUCGGGGACGCAAACCGGUUGAAUACUCCCAGGUCGUCGGAAGUGAUGAAGAAACAGGAGACUUCGAUCCAGAUGACGAAGACAAAGAUCCGGAGUUUAAGGAAAGCGCGGAGGAUCGUUCUAUCCAGGAAGAGCAUCAGAUGGAACAGAGCUUUGAGAAGGAAGAACUUCCAAAAUCGAAAACCGCGAAAAAGGCAACAGUUCGGAAGCCAAGGGCCAAGCAGCCCGCUCCGGUUGCAGAAAGAAAACGGCGCUCGGGUAGUGCUAAGAAAAGCCCGGUGGCACCAAGGAUUGGCGGUAAUACGGGUAAAGGAAGAAAACGAAUCGCGAGGGUACCGAAAAGCAUAGUUCAUCCUCCAAAUGACGAACAAAGCAAGGAGGACGAUUUUGACGAUUACGUUUUGGAGUAUGGCAUCGAAAGUUUGAAUAAUGCCCCAAGGGUGGACAUUGGGGAGCUAAUGAAAAGUACCCAAGCGGUGGAGAGUUUCAUUAAAGGCGUUCCAGUCGCGUCCACCAAGAGUAAAAAAAUAGAUGACGAUGAAAUCAUCACUACGAAGGAGGCCGCCCUGAGAAAGAAGGUAGCGGCUGGGAAGUUGAACGAAAAUUUUGUCCGAGUUGACCUACGUAAGAAGGUUUUUGUUCGUGGUAAGAAGACCAUUAACUACAGCAAAUAUAAGAAGAGCUUGUGGAAAAAGAAAAAGGCAGCAGCGCUCAGUGGUCCAAACAUGGAUAUGGGCGGAUGUGACGGAGGUAUGCUUACUUGCUUCCAGUGUGGUCAAGUAGGUCAUAUGGCGAGGAAUUGUAAAGUCAAAGGAGAACAACUACUACCGUUAGAGGCAGACGUCGCUGAUGAAUCGCCAUUUCCAACAUUGGAAGAAGCAGAAACCAUGGCCAACGCACAAUCCCUGGUGGUUCACGCCAAUAAAAUUGAUAAGAUUCCUGUUAAAAGUAAUCCAAUCUGGAAACUAGACGGUGCUGAUUCGUCUCCUGUUGAGGAAACAGAAAACGAUUAUGAAGACCUUCCAGAGGAGCCGAGUGAGCCUGCUGAAUCCAAAUCCAAUUACAUCGGGCAUACAAUACCGCAGGAAUUCUUGAAAAAGUCGGGUAUUCUAGAGCUCACCGUUGGGAACAAAGACAAAGUUGGCUCACUCUAUCAGUUGAACUCGGAUGGGUCCUUACCGAAGACACCUAAGGCGGUGUUUGAUGCGCUCAAAAUGUUUGGUCACCAGCAGUUCCGGUCCGGGCAGGAGCGCGCUAUCAUGCGAGUCCUUUGUGGAAUGUCCACUCUGGUUACCUUGAGUACCGGAUCUGGAAAAUCUCUUUGCUAUCAACUGCCGGCUUAUCUGUACCGAAAGCAUAGGAAAUGUGUCACUUUGGUCAUUUCGCCUCUCGUUUCGUUGAUGGAAGAUCAAGUUCAUGGUGUUCCGGAUUUCCUGAAUGCACAGUGUCUUCAUACGAACCAAACGCCAAAGGUUCGCGCCAGAACAAUGGAAGCAAUCGCCAAUGGUGAGCUUGACGUGCUACUUAUUUCACCGGAAGCGGUCGUGUCCGGUGAAAAGUCGACCGGGUUCGGGUCGUUAUUGCGUCAGCUUCCACCGAUUGCCUUUGCCUGUAUUGACGAAGCCCAUUGUGUGUCCCAGUGGAGCCACAACUUCCGUCCGAGCUAUUUGAUGAUUUGUCGGGUUCUCAAAGAGAAACUAGGAGUACAAACAAUCCUAGGUUUGACUGCUACGGCCACCGUCCAAACAAGAACCAGCAUUGUCGAGCAUCUAUCCGUACCGGAUGGCAUCAAUGGCAUCAUCAGUGACAUCCCCCUGCCCGAUAAUCUCAUCCUCACGGUUUCGAAGGACCCCAACCGGGACUCGGCGCUGCUGCACCUGUUGCAGUCCGAGCGUUUCAUCGAUCUUCAUUCGAUCAUUGUGUACUGCACCAGGCGCGACGAGUGCGAGCGAAUUUCAGCGUUUCUGCGGACCUGUUUUCAGGAUGCCCAACGGGCGGCGGAAGCGGAAGCUGCCGCUUCUAAGUCUCGCAAGAGGAGGAAAAUUAACUACACGGCAGAGCCGUACCACGCGGGAAUGUCAUCGUCCCGCAGGAAAACUAUUCAGAAUGCGUUCAUGAGCGGGGAACUGCGGAUUGUGGUGGCGACCAUCGCCUUUGGAAUGGGUAUCAACAAGGCGGACAUUCGUGCCAUUAUCCAUUACAAUAUGCCAAAGAAUUUUGAGAGUUACGUGCAGGAGGUGGGCCGUGCUGGUCGCGAUGGCGACAUUUCUCAUUGUCACGUAUUUUUGGACAACCGUGGCAAGGACAGGAGUGAAUUGCGAAGGCACAUUUACGCCAAUUCCAUAGAUCGGCAUGUUAUUAGGAAAUUGUUGCAAAAGAUUUUCGUACCGUGCGCCUGUGUGAAAAACUUUAAAAAUGAGAAAUUUUCCGAAGAACAUAGAAAACAAUUAGAAGCAUUGAAGGACAUCAGCUGGACUGAUGAUUUUGAAGAAACUACGCAAGCCAGUUCAUCCGGUGAAAGUCGGUUACCGGUUGAGAAGAAGAAGAGAAUCUGCCCAGGGCACGAAGCAUGUUUCUCUACGCAAGCGACCGUUCAGCAGCUGGACAUCCCGGAGGAGAACAUAGAGACCUUGCUGUGCUAUCUGGAGUUGCACGAAGAGCGCUAUAUUCAGGUGCUCAGUAAGGCCUACGUAAUGUGCAAAGUUAUGUCGUACGCGGGUCCCAAAGCAUUGCGGAAUGCGGCCAAGGAUUGUGCUCCUUUGGCGAUGGCAAUUGCGCUGGAGUUGAAGAAGGGUGGAACAUCAAGUAGUUCCACUUUUAUCGAGUUUCCGGUGAUUGAUGUGGCGUCCGCCAUUGGUUGGGACAGUGGGGUUGUGAAAUUUCAGUUGAAGAACCUCGAGUGGACCAUUGAGAACAACUCUCGGAAGCGAACUCCAAUAAGCGUAAGCUUUUCCGAUCUUGGCUUCCGGAUCAGAGCGCCUGGAGAUCUCACCGACGACGAGUUGGACCAAACCUUAGAUACGCUGUACGAACGAGUCACCAGUCAGGAGAGGGCUCAACUCAUACAGCUCCAGUCCGUAACGAAUGCUCUAUCAUCGAUAGCGUUCCAAACAUAUCUACCCGUCAGUAACACCAAUUGUCCUCAAGGUCCUUCACAUAAGUUGAAAACGGUUAUCAGGGAUUACUUCCAAACUGACAUUAGUAACGAGAAAAUCGAACUGGUGCCUGAGUUGGACGACACUCCGGACAGCCAACUGCUGAGCGACAUACACACGUUGAUUAGUCGCUAUCCGGAGAACAACUUUAGCGGUCGUGCGGUGGCGCGUAUUUUUCACGGGGUCCAGAGUCCCAACUAUCCGGCCGUCAUCUGGUUCAGGUGCCAGUUUUGGCGGGCCCAUACUACGGUCGAUUUUAAUCGGAUUGUUCGUUUGGCCAAUGCGGAAAUUGUGCGGAUGCGAACGUGAGCAUCCAAAAUUGUGUGAUUGUUGUUGUGAAUUUAUUGUGAUUUAUUACUUAUUGACUACCUACAUAUUAUUAGAACGCAUUGUUUUUAUUUCAGUUGAAAAAUCAAAAAAGAGACUGUUCUGAAGAUGAAUAAUUAAUCUAUUAAACAUGUUAAGAUUUGACUCUGCAUGUUUUUUUUUCUAUGCAUAUCAAUUAGGUUUUUCAGAUGGUUUGUGUUGAAUCUCAAAUACUCAACAUUAAUUAUAACAAUAUAAAGAAAAAAAUCAAAAGACUA